CUAUUUUCUUCCUCUUUCUCUGCCCCCAUUCUCUCAUCAGGGCUUACUCUUUACCCCCAUUGUUAUCCCACCUUCAGCUCCCGCACGGCGGCGCCACCAUUCUUGAAAACCAAGAAAACCCAACAAAUCAUGUCAAGUCUUUAUAGUCAAAACUUACCUUUCUCACCUGCUAGAGUAGCCCCUUCAUCUCCACAUAUAUGGGCUAAUAACCCAGAUGUUGAAAAUUCAUAUCUAGGGGAGUUACUUGAUGAAAAGCUAAAGCUUGCACCAUUUAUGAGAAUCUUGCCCAUUUGCAGUAAAUUACUGAAUCAAGAGAUAUUCAGGGCUUCACAAAUGUUACCAAACCAAGGUUUUAAUGACUUUGACAGACUACAACGUGGUAGCCCUGAUGUGGAUGCAAAUGCUUUAAUGCGUUGGAAUGGAAAUGCGGGCUGGAGUCCUCUUCCACAUGAGAGAUUAGGUCUGCCACAGGGAUUGCCAAUGGAUCAGUGGAAUUCAGCACCACCAAGCCCCAGUUCUAUUAUCACAAAGAGGAUCUUGCGUUUGGAUAUACCAGUCAACAGCUUCCCUAAUUUCAACUUCGUUGGAAGGCUUUUAGGACCGAGAGGCAAUUCAUUGAAGCGAGUUGAAGCAUCGACUGGAUGCCGAGUUUUCAUUAGAGGUCAGGGCUCCAUCAAAGACCCAGAAAAGGAAGAGAGUCUGAGGGGUAGACCGGGCUAUGAGCACCUAAAUGAACAACUUCACAUCUUGAUUGAGGCCGAGUUGCCGGCAAGCAUCAUUGAUGUGCGUUUGAGACAAGCACAAGAAAUCAUUGAAGAGCUGCUUAAACCCGUGGACGAGUCUCAAGAUUUAUACAAGAGACAACAGUUACGAGAGCUUGCUAUGUUAAACUCUAACUUUAAAGAAGAGAGCCCUCAACCCAGAAGUAGCGUGUCACCUUUUAGUUCAAGUAGUAUGAAACGUGCUAAGACUGCGUGGUGACUGACCCUGUACUCCUUGAAUGCAUUAUGUACAACCCCUCGAUGCAUAUCCACUGUUGGCUCAAAUGGCAUAAUCAUUUGACCUUUGCUGAAACCAGGGUCAUUUUUGUGAUGACAAAAGGAGGAAAGAGUGCUUGUUGUAGUUGUGCUUUUUUGGCUUUAUUGGUUUAAUCUAGCUUUUGGAACUGUAGUUGCUUGCCUUUCCUUUACCUCUUCCUAAAUAGAAAUAGUAAUUGGAUUUAUUUGUUAUUGACAUUACAUAAGUUUUGUGUUAACUGUGGUUUUUAAGCUUCGAAUAACGACAAUUUUGCUAGUGUUUUGAGUA